ACCAUGUCUGAGCUGGAGAAGGCGAUGAUCGCCAUCAUCGAUGCCUUCCACCAGUACUCCGGGAAGGAGGGAGACAAGCACAAGCUGAAGAAAUCGGAACUGAAGGAGCUCAUCAACAACGAGCUGCCCCACUUCCUCGGUGAAAUCAAAGACCAGGAGACUGUGGACAAAGUCAUGGAGGCACUGGACUGCGAUGGGGAUGCAGAGUGUGACUUCCAGGAGUUUGUGGCCUUCAUUGCAAUGGUCACUGCUGCUUGCCACGAGUUCUUUGAGCAUGAGUGA